AUGCCUACAAAUUGGUCCAUGUCUGAAGAUGACCUGUACGGACCACCGCCAGCUUACUCACUAAAUCCACCACCGUUUGUUUAUAUCAUUCCCGGGACGCCACACGAAUAUCAUGAGACCCACACAUCUCAUGUAUCUAUUGUUUUAUCGCCGAAUUUUUUACGUUAUUUACUUGCCACCGGUCUUAUUCAUUUAUGUAUUGGUUUAGCAGCGAUUGUUUGUGAUAUUCUUUUAAUUAGUAUGAAUGAAUCAUAUUCGUUUACUGGUUUUUGGGCUGGUGUUUUAUGUCUUGCAUUAGGUAUUUAUCUUAUUCUAUUUAUGAGUAAACCGAAAAAACAAACAUGUUCUUUACAACGAUUUAAAAUUAUUCAUAUUGUGGCAUGUAUUAUCAUCAUGGCUACGUUGGUUAUCUCAGCACUUAAUCUCGCCUCAGAUUUUUGUUAUGAUACCUAUUUUGGAACAUUUCGAUGUGAACAAUCGGCUAAGCAGUUAAAAAUUAUUCUAGUGACAUUCUUUUCUUUUACAUUUGUACAGAUCUGUACCACUUCUUUCGUAGCAUCCUUUUACGCGAGAUAG